UGGUGCCAAACUGGAUCAUUUCUCCAGUGCGGGCGCAGCUUCUAGUCCUCAUGGUCCGCAACAGAGGGCAAAUCAUGCUUCUUAGUCCUUUGUUGAGGACCAUGAAGACUAGAAGCUUUACGGGAAGAAGUGUAAUGCACCCACUUUGCAGAGGGAAAGGUUCAACCCUCAAGUAAGGCCAGUUAAAAAGCCCUCUCUGAAGCCCAGGAUAGCCUAGUAGUCAGUGCAGGCAAAAUGGGGCCUGGACUGAUGAAAGAUGGCUUCUUGGCUUGCAAGGGGAAGAAGAGCCGUAGCUUUGGUGGGAGAGCAGCUCCAGUCCCGGGUUCAAAUCCCUGCCUCUUCAGUUGAAAAAGUGAAUCCAGGUCCCUGGGGUGAGGAAGAUGACUGCUUGAAGAACACAGUUACAGACGAAGAUAUGGGUCUCUUCUUCGUGGCGGUUGUGACCAUGUUGGUCUUCCGGAGAGGCUCCUCUGCCACGUCGGAUCAGGCCUUGGAGGGAGCAUGGAAAGGGUGGAAAGAAGUCCACAGCAAGGAGUAUCUUGAGGAGGAAGAGGUCUUCCGUCGGGCGGUGUGGGAGAAGAACCUGCGGAGAAUCGAGCAACAUAACCUGGAGGCCUCUCUGGGCAAACACAGUUUCCAGCUGGCUAUGAACCACUUGGGCGACUUGACGGAUGUAGAGUUUAACCAGAUGCUCAAUGGCUUCCAUCUUGAUCCAGUCCAAAGACACAGCAAAGAAGUUGCUCUAUUCCAAGGAUCGACCGAUCAGGAUGUUCCCAAAGAAGUGGAUUGGCGCACCAAAGGUUACGUCACCCCAGUGAAAAACCAGGGCCAUUGCGGUGCAUGCUGGGCGUUCAGCGCCACCGGUGCAUUGGAAGGAUUGCUGUUUAAGAAGACUGGGAAACUGGUUGCGCUGAGUGAACAAAACCUCAUCGACUGCUCCUGGAAGCUGGGCAACCACGGCUGUCGGGGAGGAUAUAUCACCCGGGCCUUUGAGUAUGUGCGGGAUAACGGAGGCAUCAACUCGGAGCAGGACUAUCCCUACCUGGAAAAGGAGGAAUCGGGGUGCCGCUACAAUGCUCAGGUGCGCGCGGGGAACUGUACAUCCCUGGUGCAAGUCCAAGCGGGGAGUGAAAAGGCCCUGGAGCAAGCCGUGGCAGCGGUGGGGCCAGUUUCAGUGGCUGUCGAUGCCAGGAGCUUCUUGUUCCAUUUCUAUAAAUCUGGAGUUUUUGCCAGCAGUUGGUGCAGCCAUUUCGUGAACCAUGCCAUGCUGGCGGUUGGCUAUGGUACGGUCCAGGAAGGUGGGACAAACACGGACUAUUGGAUCCUGAAAAACAGCUGGACGGAGAACUGGGGUGAACAAGGUUACAUGCGAUUGGUGAAAGGGGUCGACAAUCACUGUGGGGUGGCCAACCAAGCCAGUUAUCCCACCCUGUGACUGCGGAAAGGCGAAGACGAGAUCCCCUUUUCCAAAACCUUCUCUGCUUCGGAUGGCCAAGAUGUCGAACGGCCAAGUUGAAACGUUGCUGCCUUCCCCAAAAACCACAGUUUGCAAGACUGUGGGACGAUCCACUGCCAGGGCAACGAUUCUGCCAUUUUUUGCACACUUUCAAAAUGGCAGCCAUGGUCGCCGUAGUCAAAGAUGUUCAACUGCUUGGAAAAAAAUGCUAUUAUCUAUAUCUAUAUAUCUAUAUCUAUGCAUCAUAAAAAUAAAGAUCCUGCAAAG